CGGCGGCGGCGGCCAUGGCGGCUCGGCUCGCGCUCCGGGCCGGAGCUCGGAUCCACGCCGUGCGCAGUGCCCGACUCCUCGCGGCGCUGGCCUGGGGGCCGGUGGCCGGAGCUGCGCCUCCCUGUGCGCCCAAGACCUGUGUGUGUUGGGGGGUGCGCGGCGAGGUCCCGGCGCCCCCGCGGAGCAUCGCGAACCCGGCGGCGCUCGCCGCACCCUCCCAAGCGCCGAGGUCUCGGGAGUUGGCCUGCGGGGACCAGAGCCGCCUGCCGGGGUCUCAGGUGGCAGAGAGGAGAGAGGCUUGUCUACGCCCAGUGUUCUGGCUGGUGGACGUCUGGAUGAUUGAUGGUCUGACACGUACCUGGGUGCUGGCUGCUGGGCCUGCGUGCAGGCCACCCGAGGCCUUUCCUGCGAAGCUCAUUCUUUGCUCCUUCUCGGCCGGCGUCAGAUCUGGAGGAAGGGCAGUGACGGUAGGCUCUGAACCACAGGCGAGAAUGACCCCCCCCUCAGGAUCCAGACCACGAUCCGUGGGCCCAGCUCGGUCCUGCGUGACUGGUCCGUGGGACAGACCUGCAGAUGUGGCUCUGAUCCUGGACAGCAGCCGCGCUAUCCUGAGGCCCACCAGCCAAGGAGAGGAAGCUCAGCCAGCGAGAGGACAGUGGUCCCGGCUCCAGCACCAGGGCGCGUGCCCACUGUGUUGUCUGCAAAGUCGGCUGUUGAGGCUCGGUCCUCGGUUCCCAUGGAGCCUGGAGCCAGGAAGCCACCGCCUGGGCCGGCACCCCCUCCAGCGCGCUGGAGGUGACGGGGGCAGCGGAGCUGGGAAGGCAGCCCCCGGAGGAGGCUGGGUUCUGCAUGUGCCAAGUGCCGCCUGGCAGGGGCAGUAGCCGUGGAAGCGGAAGCAGACGGAUCCAGGGACGUGGCAUGUCGUGCGGGGACCGUGCGGGGCCCAGGAGGGCGCCCCUCGGCCGGUUGUUCCUCCAUUGGCCGUGGGGGUGCCCCCUGUCCUCACCGUCUGGAUGACCUCGCCCGCCCGCCCGGAAGUAUCUGGGAUGAGAUUUAAGAGGCAGUGCCAAGAAUGUGGACCUUGCAGGUGACGCUUUGGAACAUGUGUUUUAAGCAAAAUGGAAGGAUUUAAUGCCUUUUUCUUCAACGAGAAGGGUGUCUAGAGAAUAAACGGGUCUUGAAUAAAC